AUGGGCGUCCCGGAGGACCUGCCCUUCUACGCGUCCCUCCUCGACAGCUGCGCCGCCGCCCGUGACCUCCCCACCCUCCGCCAAGCCCACGCCCGCCUCCUCGCCCUCGGCCUCGCCAGCCACCGCUUCAUCCGCUCCAAGCUCUGCGCCUCCUAUGCCCGCUGCUUCCGCCUCCGGGACGCCCACCUCCUUCUCUCCUUCGCCCCCUCCGCCCCGGCCUUCCUCUAUAACUCCCUCAUCCGCGCCCACGCCAACCUCGGGCGCCACGGCCCCGCUCUCCUCCUCCUCCGCCACAUGCUCUCCAACGGCCCGCUUCCCGACGCCCGCACCCUCGCCUCCGCCCUCCGCGCCGCCGCCGGCCUCGCCUCUCUCCGCCUCGGCCGCCCCCUCCACGCCGCCAGCCUAGCCGCUGGCCUCGCACCCGACCCCAUUGUCGCGAAUUCCCUCGUCGCCAUGUACUCCAAGUGCGGCGACCUCGCCUCCGCUCGCCACGUGUUCGACCGGAUGCGCCACCGGACCCUCGCCUCCUGGACCGCCAUGAUCGCCGCCUGCGGCGCCCACGGACGGGCCGCCGAGGCGGUGGAGCUGUUCCUGCGGAUGCUGGACGAGGGGGAACCGCCGGACGCAGCGGCGAUGACGGUGGUGCUGGCGGCGUGCGCACGGGGAGGUCUGGCGGAGGCCGGGAGGCGGGUGUUCGACAUGAUGAGGGAGGGGCGGCUUGGCGGUGUGCGCCCGGGGGUGGAGCACUACACGUGUAUGGUGGAUUUGCUCGGGAGAGAAGGACACGUGGAGGAGGCGGAGGCGUUGUUGGGUGAGAUGGAGGAAGAGCCGGACGACGCGCUUUGGAGGGCGCUGCUGGGGGCGUGCCGGAUGCACGGGCGGUUGGACGUGGCCGAGAGGGUGGCGAACCGGGUCUACGGGAAUCUGGGUUGA